UUUUAUACGUAACAUAAUAAUUUAAAAUAACAAAAUAUUGUAUUUUUUCACCAAGAUGGCAAAUAAUGAAGAAGUUGAUAAUGUUUGGGAUGACAUGGUAAAUUUACCAGCUGAUCCUCCUGAGAUGAGGCAAUUAUGUACUUUAUGCAAACGUCCAUUAAAUGUUUGUUGGUGUAAUUAUUUACCUAAAGUAAGAUUAAAACCUAAGUGUAAAAUAAUCUUAUUGCAACAUCCUGCAGAAGAAAAAAGAAGCUUAAGAACAGCCCCUAUGCUGACCUUAGGUUUGUCAGAAAACAGUUGUACUGUUUACAAGGGAAAAAAAUUUCCAACUAGAAAGCAUAUAGGUCUUUGGGAUAUACUAAAUUCUAAAAAAUCUGUUUUGCUUUAUCCUUCUUCAAAAGCAAUCAAUAUGGAAAAUUUACCAAAGGAUAUUGAAAUAAACAAUUUAGUUCUACUAGAUGGUACUUGGCCUCAAGCUAAAGCUAUUUAUAAUAAUACUCCACUACUACAAGCAAUGACACAUGUAAAAUUGCUGUAUAAAUUUGAAAGUCACUAUAUAAUCAGAACACAACCAACUGAUGGUUGUCUUUCAACACUAGAAACUGCAAUUGAAGCUUUGACCAUACUUGAAAAUGAUCAGACUUAUAAAAAUUGUCUAUUAAAACCAUUAAAUGCAUUGUGUGAUUUUCAAAUUAAGCAUGGAGCUGUUACUCAUCAGAGUAAAGAAUUUCGCAAACGUAAUAAGACAUAUCCAAAACUUAUAGGAAGACGGCUUCAACAGACCUUAGAUAUUAAAGAUGAAUGUGUUUAAUAGAUACAUCUUUAUUGUAUAUUAUGUGUGAAAAUAAUAUAAACAAGAUUUAAAAUGUACGAAUUUUAUAAAAAAAAAUAUUUCAAAUUGUUUAAAAAGUAUAAUUUAAUGUAUAUAUUUUAAUUUAUUAA